AUGGUUACCUCCAAAAUGUCAAAGAUUAUGAUAGAAUCUUUGGGAGAAGGCCAAAAUGCGGAAGACUAUAUCAAUAACCCUCCUGAAAAUCCAAACAAAGUAAAAGGAGAACAAGAACACGAACCAGCUCCUCAUCAAGAAUAUCCCCCAACCCAUUUGUACAAAGAUCCAAGUACCACAUACCCUAAAAUGGACGAGAAUUCUUAUCUACCAGACGACGAAGAUAUUCACCAAGGUAAGACGGAUAUCGUUCCAGAGGGAUGUCCAGGCGAAAGAUUAUUUCCAAAUUCAGGCAAAGUGGGCAUUCCAGGGUGUGGAAAGGGUGAACCAAAUGCACAACAUUCUAAAAUGAAUACAAAUUUUGACGCAAAUGAAUUGGUUGAAUCCAAAAUGAAUGAAGAAACAUGUCCAAUGGGCUAUCAAAACACUUCAAUUCCCGGGUUUGAAGGCCAUCACACCCCAAUCCCAGGUGCUGGUAAGCCAAACCCAGAACCUCACAAGAAUGAGCCAUGGCAUUUAAUUCCAGAAAAUUACCAAGGUCAACAAACUCAAGACAGUGGUACAACUUCUGGAACGGGUGCCGGCAUGGCAAUGGGCGGCGCUGCUGGCGCUGCUGGUGCUGCCUCAGCUAAUACGCUAAAAGGCGGCUUUGGUAAAGGAACAGCAGCUGCCCCAAGUGGUAGAGAAGGAUUAGCUGGUACGACGAAGAACAUCACAACGGAUGAAGCAAAUGCUAAUUAUGGGUUACCAUCAACAGGAUUUGCAAAAUCUGUGGCUGCGGAACAAAGACAAAAUCCAGCAAUGCCUACAUCGACACAGACUGGUACUAAUACCACGGGGCAAGGAAAUUACAAAAAUAUGACGGCAGCUACGACUAAUACUGCAGAUUUUGCUCAAAGGCCUCAUGAGACUGGCAAUAUUCCACGCACACAACAGAAGCAUCACGAAGGCUUUGCAGCAGACCCUGCCAAAACAGCUGAUUUUGAUCAAAGGGCCCAUGAAGCGCGCAAUGCAGGUGAUAUGAAACAAAGAGAUCAACAAGGAAUGACAUUCGGAACAGGUAUGCAUGCUGAUAAGUCAUCUCAUGAAAGGGAGAAGCCUGGCCAAAAAGCUACAUAUACUGCUCCAGCAGGUCAAGAGAGUGAGGAGGCUUUCUAUACGAUGGGCGGUGGUGGAAUGCAUGAGCAACUCCAUCAUAAAGAAUCCUCCCAGUAUACACAUAGGAAGAGUAGUGGCGGUGGUUAUGGUCAUCAACGUGAUGGACAUAAGGAAUAUGAUCCAGAACUGUACCGUUAUGACUCGGCAACCGGGAAGUAUGUUCCUAGAAAUGAGGCCGAAUUGAAUGCUGCUGGAGAAUACAUCGAGGGUGACAGUGAUAGCGCUAAAAAACAAGGCAAGAAAGGAAGUGACGGUAUUAUUCAUAAAAUUAAGAAUGUCAUUACCAACAAAUCAUAA